AUGGCGACGCUGGGAGGCGAGUCGCAGCCCUUCCCCUCUGCCGCUCUGGCGGCGGCGGCCGGGGUGGGCGGCGGCGGCGGAGCGCUGGGUCUGCAGGCGCCGCUGAACCGCGGGCUGGAGCGGGCGCUGGAGGAGGCGGCGCACUCCGGGGGGCUCAACCUGAGCGGCAGGAAGCUGAAGGAGUUCCCGCGCAGCGCCGCUGCCCCCAGCCACGACCUCUCCGACACGGUGCGGGCAGAUUUAUCCAAGAACAGGUUAACUGAAGUUCCUACGGAGUUGUGCCAUUUUGUGUCCUUGGAAACACUAAAUCUGUACCACAAUUGUAUCAAAGUUAUACCAGAUGCCAUAGUAAACCUGCAAAUGCUAACUUACUUAAAUUUGAGUCGAAAUCAGCUUUCUUCUUUGCCAGCUUGCCUGUGUGGUCUUCCUCUAAAAGUCUUAAUUGCAAGUAACAAUAAGCUAGGUUCCCUUCCAGAAGAGAUAGGUCAGCUAAAACAGUUAAUGGAAUUGGAUGUCAGCUGUAAUGAAAUCACAGCUUUACCACAGCAGAUAGGCCAGCUGAAAUCUUUAAAAGAGCUGAAUGUCAGAAGAAAUUACCUCGAAGUUUUACCCCAAGAACUAGUACAGCUUCCCUUGGUAAAGUUUGACUUUUCCUGCAAUAAAGUGCUUGUGAUUCCAAUUUGUUUUAGAAAAAUGGUGCAGUUACAAGUAUUACUGCUCGAGAAUAAUCCUUUGCAAUCCCCACCAGCACAAAUCUGUACAAAGGGUAAGGUGCAUAUAUUCAAAUAUUUGACUGUACAAGCCUGUCAGAUUAAAACAGCAGACUCGCUGUAUCUUAAUGCCAUAGAACCACAGCAUUUGCCACAACCUGUGGAAGAGAGCAUUGAUGACAUCUACCCAAGUAAAAAGGACUCAGAUUCAGGUGUUGGUAGUGAUAAUGGUGAUAAACGUUUGUCAGCAACAGAGCCCUCUGAUGAAGAUACUAUCAGCUUUAACGUUCCAAUGUCGGACAUUGUGGAAGAAGAUCAUAUUAUAAAGGAUGAUUCGGGUCACCAUGCUAACUCGAGAAAAGUGGAAUUCCAUCAAGGACCUUCACACGUGUUUGUCAAUGAUAAGUCACGAGAAACAGGAAACCAGUUUGAUGAAUCGGAUACUCUGACUACUGAAUUUAUGAGCUACAUUAAGAGCAGAGCAGCAGAGUGUGAUGAACUGUUGAGAAUAGAAGAGGACACGCAAUGGCAAGCAGACGAAAUAAUAAAUUUAUCAGAAGAACAAACUAUUGAUAUAGAAAUGAUAGAACAACUGAGAGAAGCAGUAGAUUUAUUACAAGAUUGCAACAGUGGUCAAAUGCAGAUGGACAUGUCUUCUCUUGGUCAGAGAGAAAAUGCUGAAGAGGAACUGGAAUUCCAGAGGAGGAGGGACUUGAUUAUGGAGAAAGCAAAGCCUGAAGCAAGAACUUGUGAACAGGGUGAAAAAUGGUCAUUGAACCAGAAUGAUGUAAUUGUUUGGAACAGAAGCGGGCAAAGCUCUCACAAUGAGAGUAAGGAUAAAAGCCCAACAAUGUCUCCUACUACAAAUACCACAAUCCCUUUUGGCCUGAAACCACGAUCAGACCCAUCCCUCAGUUUUCCUCCUAUUUCCUUCAACACACUUACACAGGCACAAACAUGGGACAGCUUUAGCUACAGUAUCCCAUCUGAAGGAGACAGUGACAAUGUGUUCUUAAGACCGCAAAGAAAUUUGGAAUCAAUAGAUCCACAGUUCACAAUUCGAAGGAAAAUGGAGCAGAUGAGAGAAGAGAGAGAGCUUGUGGAACAGCUACGUGAGAACAUAGAGACAAGACUAAAGAUUUGUUUGCCUGAAGACCUGGGCUCGGCUCUGAUGGAUGGAGUCGUUCUGUGCCAUUUGGUAAAUCACGUUCGCCCUCGCUCUGUCGGGAGUAUUCACGUACCCUCACCAGCAGUACCUAAACUUAGCAUGGCCAAGUGCAGGAGAAACGUGGAAAACUUUUUGGAUGCAUGUAGAAAACUGGGGAUACCAGAGGCUGACCUCUGCUCUCCGUAUGACAUCCUGCAGUCGGAUAUUCGUCACAUUCGAAAGACUGUUGACACUCUGCUCGCCCUCGGGGAGAAACCCCCACAAUCAACUUCUACUUUUCGCUCCUGGGAUCUAAUAGGCUUUUGUCUUUUCCAUAUACUUUUUAUAGUCUUGAUGUAUAUAACUUAUCACUGGAAUUUGCUAACAGCAUAACCUGUUCGCAUGUGCGCACAAACUUUCUGCUUUGUCUCUGACAAAUUACAGGAGAAGCUCUGCCUACCACAUCACAUCCUAGAAGAAAAGGGCUUGGUAAAAGUGAGCAUAACAGUUCAAGCAUUGCUAGAUGUAACCACAGUGAAACAAGCUUUAUUCACAUGAAACUACUCUCUCUGCUGUUACCAGCUACACUGUGCCAUGAAAGAAUCAAAAAACUGCCCAUUUUUUCAAACUGCAUUGAAAACAACUCCAGUACUCCAAGAGUAUUAUUAUGAUUUUUAAACCCGUGUUUCAGACUGUACGUAUGUGUCGAACUACAAAGCAGAAACUGAACAGAAACAUUUUCUAGGGGAAGUUGGCGCUUCACUGCUUUUAUAGCUCACUUUGUACAGUACUUACUAAAACAACCACCUCUCUGCCACUUAAAAUCGUGUGGAGUACACAGCUGUCUUGCAGCAAGAUACCUUUGUAUUACUAAACUAAGGAUCACUGUAAUCACUGGGGGGAGGGAGAAGGGAGACUGCUACCACCUUAGGUUUUUCUGCAGUUGCUUCAGGCUAUUGCCUUUUAAAAAUAUCCAGACAUAAAAUAUUUAUAUAAAUAUUAUUUAUUAGUGAGUUGUUAUUCAUCCUUUGGAUGCAAAAUGUAAAUUAGGAAACUGUAUUUUAUUACUGCUUUUUUUGUGGUUAAACACUUUAUUUUAAUAUAAAUACUUAGUUAUUUUUUAUUCUACUCGGUGUGCAGUAGCUCUAGAUCUCCGUAAAUUGUAUUUUCUAAUAUGUAAGAUAAAAAAGUAAACAAAAUAGGUGCUUCUGUUAAAAGAACAGCUAGCUGGAAUGGCCUUCUUUAUUUCUUGAAUCUGUGGAACAUUGGUAAAAAAUUGUCUGCAUUCCAUUGAGUUUCCUACAUUCCAGUAACAACUCUCUCCUCACUAGACUAAAUUGGCUGAAAGUGAGAGCACACCCAUUUUAUUUGUAUAUAGAUGUUUAAAAAAAAAAAACAAAAGGAAAUAUGUAAACUUGAAAAAUAAAUGUGAACAAAUAUUUUUGAAAGCUUAUUUUACUAUGCACAAGACAUUUAACUUUUGCCACAACAAAAUGAAUUAUGUGCAUUAGGAUCAUGUGUCUUGAAAUGUAAUUUUGCACUGUAACUUGAUUUCUUUUAAAGAUCGCAGCACUACAGAACAAACAAACUGUAAAAAACAGCACAAGAACAUUAACGAGAUUCACCAGGUAGUCAAAAAUUUAACUUGUUUUCUUCAGCGAUUCCGUCGAGAGGAGGUAAAAUGAUUGAGCCUGCCUUUGGCAAUUUCAAAGACCUGAUCUUCCAGAUCCAACCUGCCUGGGUACAGUGCUUCUCUUAAAAGUAUCCACAGAAUUAAGCACAAUGUUCUGUAGUGCAUAUUUGCAGCAUCAGACCUCUACUUCCACAUCAGCAAUAGGAAAUCCUUAUCACCACUUUACAUUUUUCAAAGAGAUUUUUAAAAGCAUAAUUUAUUGUUGAGACAUCAAAAAGUUCCAGCACAGUGAUUCUUCUGCUGUCUGGAACAUCCCAUUUUCACUCACACAAGAAGCCAGUGAUGGGAUUUGGGCAAGCAGGACAGGGCAGCUGCAUGUGGUGAAAAGGGAAGCUGGCUGGGGACACACAAGCAGGGAGUCUGAAAUGUAGAAUGGCGAAAAAAAAGAGGCAAGGGGGUGGAAGGACUAAAUAUUUAAGCAAGAGGACGUGGAGAGAACUAUUGUAUGAAGGCUUUUGGGCAGAGUGAUGCCUACUUGUCACUGCCCCCUCUCGUGGCAGCUGCACACCCGUUCACAGGCACAGGCAUUUGCACCCACCCAUGUUUGGUAGCAGAUCUGUUGUGUUCAGACGCUGUCUGAAGGCAGAUCACGCACUUCGCCACUGCACCUUGCUAAGGGGCUGGGAGGUAGUGACAGCAGCAUGUGAGGAGGAGGAAAGUGGGCUCACAGACAAGGAGACAGGCAGUAUGCAUGGAAUAUCCAGUUACUUCAACCAAAGCAAAAAAAUUUUAUAGAGGGAACAUUGCCUGAAAUUGUAAUUUGAGCGGCAGCUAGCAUAUUGUUUCCUAUAAAAUGUACUGUGCACUUUAACACUAAAUGAAAAUGUAUUUUAAUAUUUUACAGAGCUGCACAAAUAUCUGUUUUGUCAAAAAGCACGAGCAAUGUAAAGAAAAUAAGUUUUCAAGUCAGAGUUUAUCAAAUUUUAAAAGCAUUCGAGGAUCAAGUAUAAAAAUAGGAGUAUUGAUUUCUGUGUCUUGAGGGAUAAAAUGCAGGUUUCCUGAGUAUUUUUUUACAAUGUAUAUAUAUGGCAACAUGAAGCUUUGUAAUUAUUAUUAUUUUGACAAAUCUUGUUUUUUCAUAAUUAAAAUUUUGUUUUUCUCCUGAUAGUGUCUUUCAGUAUUUGCUUGAAGUCGGCUGUAAAUAAGUAGCUCUUAAGUAUUUUGUAAUACAGCUUUUUUAAUGCAGUCUUAACCUGUACGGCGAAAAAGAGAAUCUUCAUGAUCCUUUGUACAAUAUUUAUAUGUGCAAUAAACCAUGCAUGGCAAAUCUCUAAUACCCUCUGCGGUGAACAUAAUGUAUAUAGAAAAUCUUUACUGUAGCUACAAUUAAACUAUAUUAUUUGCA